GUUUAAUUGAUUGAUCUGAUCUUGGUUGUUGUGUUUUAUUUGUAGGUCGGGAUCGGGAUAAAUAGAUUUUACUACGUUAUUUUGUUUACCGUUGUAUUAUGUAGUGUUAUAGCCAAGGUUUACAUGAUUAUAAACUGGAUUUGUUUAUUUAUACGUUUAAUUCGGAGUUGCUAAUGUAUUUGUUGUACUAACUGAAUUAAUCCGAAGUAUGAUACCUCUGAUGGACGGACAACAAAGAAAUCCAGUUGUUUUCUUGGAUAUUUCAAUAGAUGGAGAAAAAGCUGGCCGUAUUGUCAUAGAAUUAAGAGCGGAUAUUGUGCCAAAGACAGCAGAGAAUUUCAGGGCAUUAUGCACCGGCGAAAGAGGUAUCGGGAAAUUCAACAAACCAUUGUGUUACAAAGGCACAAGAUUUCACAAAGCGAUCUCACAAUUCAUGGUUCAAGGAGGGGAUAUUAUAAAUGGAGAUGGAACAGGGGGAGAGAGUAUAUACGGAGAAACAUUCCCAGAUGAGAACUUCAUUUUAAAACAUGAGGAAGGCGUGCUAAGCAUGGCGAACAAAGGGCGGCCGCACACGAACGGCUCCCAGUUCUGCAUCACGACGGUGCCGUGCCCGCAGCUGGACGGCACCAAUGUGGUGUUCGGCCGCGUGCUCGCCGGGCUCGGCGUCGUGCGCGAGCUGCAGUCGAGCGCCGACGGGGACAUUGGGCGGCCCACUGUGGCAUGUACAAUAGAGGCGUGCGGCGAGGUGGCGGGCGAGUGGGACGUGAGCUGCCGCGACGGGAGCGCCGACUCGCUGCCGGAGUUCCCCGAGGACUGGCCCGCGCGGCACCACAUCCCCUUAGAGCAACUAAUCCUGCGCAUACGCGACGUAAAGAGCAGCGGCAAUGCGCAGUUCAGCCGAUGUCGGCCCGCGGCCGCCGCACGCAAGUACCGCAAGUGUCUGCGGUAUCUCAACUGGCUGCACGCGCACGUACCCACACGCAAACUGGCGCUGAUUGACCACUUGUGUGACACGACGAAGACAUACAAGCUACAAUGCCACCUGAAUUUAGCGGCUUGUUACAAGAAGUUGGAGGACCAUAACGCUUGCAUCAAAUCAUGUAACGAGGUACUAGCGAUAGAGGCACACAACGAAAAGGCCCUCUACCGGCGGGCGCAAGCGAACUUCGUCCUUAAGAACUACGAUGCGGCGCUCUCGGACCUACGGCAGGCAGACAAAGUUUGUCCCAACAACAGAGCGGUGCAGAAACUUCUUGAAGAGGUGCGUCUCUCAAACAAGAACUACAACGAUAUACAAAAACAGAGGUUGUCAAAAUUUUUUCGUGAGCAAUCGUCGAAGGUCGGCGAGGUCGGAAACUGAACUAAGACUGAAGGUAGUGAUUUAUAAGAUUAGUUGACUAAGAUUGUUUUUAGUCUCGCCAAAUUAGUUAGUCUAAAUUUGAUGCGCCCACACACUUUGCAAUUUAACUCCAAGGUUCUGUGUGACGUUGUUGGUGAUGGAAUGGGCAUUGUCCAUUUUUUCGUACUUUUUUUUUUUUCGAAAAUAUACGCUAUUUUGAAAAACUAAUUUGAAUUUAAAUGUAUUUCGUUGUGUCAAUAAAUUGAUAUAAUUGAAUAAAUUGACCAGAUGACGUAAUCAAUUUACUUGUACGUGAAUUUUCUCAUGCUUAGUCGAACAAACAUUAAAAAGUAUAAAUUACAUUUAAUAAUAAAAUGUAAUAUUAAAUCUUAAUUUUAAUAAUUUAGAAAUUAGGUAAAAUUUACCCACCUAGUUUUUAAAUUAUUUUGCCUUAUAUUAUUAAACGAACAAUUUAUAUAUUUAUGACCGCGUUUUCGAAAACGGCGCUAAGGAUUUCGUUGAAAUUUGAAAUGUAGGUGGUCCCUGUCUGGCAUAACUAGUUUUCGAUAAGCACCUACUAUUUGACCAUUUGCUAUUAUAGAUAGUAUGGACCAAAUGCUAAUUCGGCAGUUUGCGAUUUUGACGGUUUUUCAGGUUCUUGACCGAUUGCGAGUUCGUCCAAACGACGACGGAAUGAGUACUAUGUACCAAAUUACACUAUAUAUUACUGCUCAUGCCUGUACACCUGAAGUCUGUGGACUGAUUAUUGGAAUUGGACCAAUCAGUGCCCUUCAGGUUCAAUAUAAUAAAGCAUUUAGGGCACUGUUCAGGCUGCCAUGAUACGAGGUUGCAGUACAUCUGUAUUUACUGUGUUUGCGGAUGCAUAUUGCUUUUACGCUGAGCUUUCAAACGGACAUUAUAUGAGAUAAGAUUUUGCUGUUUUUUCUGUUCAGGGUAAUCUUACAACAGAUCAGAUUUUAAAUAGAGCUCAAUAUAUAGGUUUGCCUGAAAAUAUUAAGGUUUGUUUCCUGAAAUUAAAAAAACAACUACAUUCACAUGGACGAUCCGCAGACAAAAACUAGUAUUUGCCAUUAUAUAAAAUUAAAGGGCUGUCCUCUUAUUCCAUUUAUUACUUUCUUUAUGUACUCUGUAUAGUGGGACAUUGUGCUCGGAUUAUUGCAAUGAGGGUUUUUAGGAUGAAAAUAACAGUUUAUUUUAUAUAUUUUUAUUAUUUAUUCAUUAUAAUAACAUAUGUACAGUUAACAGAUGUAUAAUAACAGUAAAACUUUAUACUUUAUUUUGA